UCGAGCGAGAGAUUUCGCUUUAUCUAUAUAAAAGUUUUGCGUGUACAUUCGAGCAUCUGUUUUCUUCAUUAAAAUUAUAAAAUCUCAAAUAGUUCGAAAAUCGAUCAUACCACUUCGAUUAGUAAAAAGAUAAUCGUAAAUUCAUCGAAUAAAUAAAUAUUGUGGAGAAGAAAAAAAAAAAUAAAAAAAAACACAAUUAGCAUUGAUCGGGUGAAUAAUUAUUUAGAUAUAUAAUACAAUGGGUUUACGUUUUGGUGGUGGAAGAUGCUCGUUGCCACAAUUAUUGCAACGGAAUAAUUUAAGAAAAGCUUUCUACGCUUCGAAACGAUUUUUAUCGCAUUAUCCUGUCAAUGACAAUAUAUACGGUUUAAAUGAAGAGAAACGGAAAUUACGUGAAACGGCUUUCAAUUUCUUUCAAAAGGAAUUGGCCCCCCAUGCCAAAGAUAUUGAUAAAAACGAUCAUUUUCCAGAACUACGUAAUUUCUGGAAGAAAAUGGGCGAUUUAGGAUUUUUAGGUAUAACGGCUGAACCGGAAUUUGGCGGCACGGGUGGCUCAUAUUUAGAUCAUUGUAUUAUUAUGGAAGAAAUCUCUAGGGCGGCCGGUGGUAUAGCCUUGUCGUAUGGCGCCCAUUCGAAUCUCUGCGUUAAUCAAUUGACGAAAAAUGCGACCUCUGAACAGAAAGAGAAAUAUUUACCGAAAUUGUGUAGCGGCGAGCAUAUUGGCGGACUGGCAAUGUCAGAGCCGGGCGCCGGUUCUGAUGUUGUUUCGAUGAAAUUAAAAGCGGAACGUAAAGGGGAUUAUUUUAUUUUAAAUGGGACAAAAUUUUGGAUAACCAAUGGCUCAGUCGCCGAUACGCUAAUUGUUUAUGCGAAAACAGGUACGGGAACCGCAGACAAGCAUAGUAUUACUGCUUUUAUUAUUGAAACGGCCAGUGAUGGUUUCAGCGUUGCUCAGAAACUCGACAAGUUAGGUAUGCGUGGCAGUCCAACUUGCGAAUUGGUAUUUCAGGAUUUAAAAGUACCAACGAAAAAUAUCUUAGGCCAAGAAAACAAAGGCGUUUAUGUAUUAAUGUCGGGACUCGAUAUUGAGCGCUUGGUUUUGGCCGCUGGCCCAGUUGGCCUUAUGCAAGCAGCUAUUGAUAUUGCUUUCGAGUACGCGCAUCAGCGCAAACAAAAAGGACAACUGAUAGGUGAAUUUCAAUUGAUGCAAGGAAAAAUGGCGGAUAUGUACACGACUCUCAGUGCUUGUCGUUCGUAUUUAUAUAGUGUCGCUCGUGCCUGUGAUAGCGGUCAUAAUAGUUCUAAGGAUUGCGCAGGCGUCAUAUUGUAUUGCGCUGAAAAAGCUACUCAGGUGGCCUUGGAGGCCAUCCAAACGCUCGGUGGCAAUGGAUACAUUAACGAAUAUUCCACAGGUCGAAUAAUGCGUGAUGCUAAACUAUAUGAAAUAGGUGCUGGCACCUCAGAAAUACGUCGUUGGCUAAUCGGAAGGCAAUUAAAUUUGGAAUACAAAUAAUUCUCUAGACAAUUUCCUCCUCCUUCUUCUCCUCCUCCUCCUCCUCUUUUUUCCAAAAAUUAAACUAUGUUGCAUUUAUAUUUGUU